AAUACAUUUGUGGUGGUUCUUUGAUUUCUCUUAAAUAUGUACUAUCAUCUGCUAUUUGCUUCUGGAACAAUGCAAGGGGUGAGAAAUAUUCUGAGGAACUUUUCAGAGUAGCAGCAGGAAAAUUUCACAGUAGCUACACCACUAAAGAUCCUGGCCAACAAGAACGAGCAGUAAGGGCCAUUGAUAUCCCUCAAAGUUUCCAGGGGUCAGCAACGGCAUUUCGUGAUGACAUAGCAGUACUGACAGUGGACUUCCCAUUUCAGCUUACAGAAAUGAUUAGUCCUGUGUGUGUGGACUGGGAUGAUGUUUACUAUGUUGGACCAGGUGAUAAAGGACAUGUUGCAGGCUGGGGUGUGACAGAAACAGGAGACCCAAGUGAAGAACUGCUUUAUGCAGAAUUUCAUGUAACUGAGUCUAAUGAAUGUUUCAAGACAAUUAAACCAAACAUCCAUAUCUUCUUUGGAAGUGAUAAGAUCUGUGCUGGAUACAGUAAUGGGACAACUGCAUGUAGUGGAGACACUGGUGGAGGGCUCACCUUCGUACAUGAACUCAAUCCCUUAUCGCCUUCAAGCAAGCUUUAUUUUGUGCAGGGAAUUGUUAGUAUGAUUGGAGGUCACAGUCGACCUGGUGCUUCUGAUUUUGAUAACAGUGAUUUUCCUUCAGAUGAUUCAGGUUAUGCUGCCCUUGGUGAAGGCUCAGUUGUAUCAGUAAUUAAUGCUGGUAUUGCUGCCACAGGUGUUGGCUCUGUUGGAUCUGCUGAUAGUGGUGCAUUUGCUAACACUAGUAAUAGUGGUCCCACUGUUGGGGAUUGA